GGGAGGCAAGAGCUGCGGGUACCUCCUGCGCGCUCUGCCUCCUCCGCGCCACGCUCCUACCUGUAGAGUCCGAGGGACUCCCCCUCCCCGGACACCUAUUCUUUCUCCUCCGGAAACCUCCCGCCUAGCUACCCGCGUCUCACACAGGCGGCGCUGGGACCCCGGGACGGGGCGCCAGGCUCGCAUCUGGUGACAUGUAGAUGCCCCCUCGGUGGUCCAGCCUCGGCACCUGGGCACCCUUCUGGCCGUAAAGUUUGGGGCUGGGCGCCAUGGCCAAGAGCAGCUCCCUGAAUGUUCGCGUGGUGGAGGGCCGGGCGCUGCCCGCCAAGGACGUGUCUGGGAGCAGUGACCCCUACUGCAUCGUGAAGGUGGACGACGAGGUGGUGGCCAGAACAGCAACUGUCUGGAGGAGCUUGAGCCCCUUCUGGGGGGAGGAGUACACCAUUCACCUGCCCUUGGAUUUCCACCACCUGGCCUUCUACGUGCUGGACGAGGAUACAGUGGGGCACGAUGACGUCAUUGGCAAGAUCUCGCUGAGCAGGGAAGAGAUUGCAGCCGACCCCAGAGGCAUUGAUAGCUGGAUCAACCUGAGCCGUGUGGACCCAGAUGCAGAGGUUCAGGGUGAGAUCUGCUUGGAUGUACAGAUACUGGAAGAUACACGGGGCCGUUGUCUUCGCUGUCAUGUGCUCCAGGCCAGGGACCUGGCCCCCCGAGAUAUCACCGGCACAUCUGACCCAUUCGCACGCGUGUUCUGGGGCAGCCAGAGCUUGGAGACGUCAACCAUCAAGAAGACCCGCUUCCCACACUGGAAUGAAGUGCUGGAGCUGCGGGAGAUGCCGGGAGCCCCAGCCCCGCUGCGGGUGGAGCUCUGGGACUGGGACAUGGUGGGCAAGAAUGACUUCUUGGGUAUGGUGGAAUUCCCCCCACGGGUCCUGCAGCAGAAUGCCCCCAGUGGCUGGUUCCGUCUCCUGCCCUUUCCCAGAGCCGAGGAGGAUUCUGGGGGAACCCUGGGCGCGCUGCGGCUGAAGGUGCGCCUCAUCGAAGACUGCGUCCUCCCUUCCCGGUACUACCAGCCGCUCACGGAGCUGCUCGUGGCCUCUGUGCUGGGCCCGGCAGAGGAGGAUGCUGCCAGUCCCCUGGCCCUGCUGGAGGAGCUGACCUUGGGGGACUGCCGCCAGGACCUUGCCACCAAGCUGGUGAAGCUCUUUCUUGGCCAAGGCCUGGCCGGGCCCUUUCUGGACUAUCUCACCCGGCGUGAGGUGGCCCGGACCACUGACCCCAACACCCUCUUCCGUUCUAACUCCCUGGCAUCCAAGGCAAUGGAACAGUUUAUGAAGCUCGUGGGCAUGCCUUACCUGCACGAGGUCCUGAAGCCGGUGAUUCACCGCGUCUUCGAGGAAAAGAAGUACAUGGAGCUGGACCCGUGCAAGAUGGACCUGGGCCGCUCCAGGAGAAUCUCCUUCAAGGGCGCACCCUCGGAGGAGCACGUGCGGGAUGCCAGCCUGGGGCUGCUGACGGGCUACCUGGGGCCCAUCGUGGACGCCAUCGUGGGCUCUGUGGAGCGCUGUCCGCCUGCCAUGCGCCUUGCCUUCAAGCAGCUGCACCAAUGCGUGAAGGAGCGCUUCCCCCAGGCGGAGCAUGAGGAUGUGAAGUACCUGGCCAUAAGCGGCUUUCUCUUCCUGCGGUUCUUUGCUCCUGCCAUCCUCACCCCAAAGCUGUUUGACCUCCGGGACCAGCAUGCAGAUCCCCAGACCAGCCGCUCACUGCUACUGCUUGCCAAGGCUGUGCAGAGCAUCGGAAACUUAGGCCAGCAGCUGGGCCAGGGCAAGGAGCUAUGGAUGGCGCCCCUCCACCCCUUCCUGCUACAGAGUAUCUCACGUGUGAGACACUUCCUGGACCAGCUGGUGGAUGUGGAUGGGGAGGAGGAGGCUGGGGGCCCAGCCAGGGCCCUGGUGGCCCCCUCGGUGAUCGUCCGUGAAGGUUACCUGCUGAAGCGCAAGGAGGAGCCCGCCAGCCUGACCACCCGCUUCGCCUUCAAGAAGCGGUACUUCUGGCUCAGCGGGGAGGCGCUCUCCUACUCCAAGAGUCCUGAGUGGCAGAUGCGCUCCUCCAUCCCGGUGUCGCACAUCCGUGCUGUGGAGCGCGUGGACGAGGGCGCCUUCCAGCUGCCACACGUGAUGCAGGUGUUAACGCAGGACGCUGAGGGCGUGCUGCACACCACUUACUUCCAGUGCAAGAAUGUGAAUGAGCUCAACCAGUGGCUGUCAGCCCUGCGCAAGGCCAGCGCCCCCAACCCGGACAAGCUGGCCUCCUGCCACCCUGGUGCCUUCCGCGGCUCGCGUUGGACCUGCUGCCUCCAGGCUGAGCGCUCAGCUGCUGGUUGCAGCCGCACACACUCGGCCGUCACCCUGGGGGACUGGAGCGACCCGCUGGAUCCUGACGCUGAGAUCCAGAUGGUGUACCGGCAGCUGCUCCUGGGGCGGGACCAGCUCAGGAUGAAAUUCCAGGAGGAUCCCAACAUAGAUUCCAGUCCAGAGGCAGACGCAGAGAAGGGCUCCAGGGCCACGGAAGGGGUCUGUCCCGAUGUCCUGGCCCAGCACAGAGAGGCAGCUGCCCACCUGCUGGAGGUGCUCGAAGAUCUGGACAGAGCCCAUGAAGAGUUCCAGCAGCGGGAGCAGCAAAGGGCAGCCCUGAGCCCCCUCAGGCACUGAGAAAAGGCCAGAACCAGCCUGGAAGGGGAAGGAAGGCGCCAGAGGACCCCCUCUCAGAGCACCCUGGCAUCUUGAGGCUGUCCUAUUCCUUGU